ACAUGAAUGCUUUAGCUCAUCGUGUAUGCUACACAUAUUCAUAUGAAAUGAACACUGAAAUAAAUACGACAAUGUACAUAAAAUGAUUAUGAAAUAUAUUAGUUUAUACAGACGGUUUUCCAAGUAAAUAUACCCGUCUACUUGGUUUUCGUGAUCAAGUUUAUAUUAUCCGUGUAUGAGUGGACGGGUAUUCUGCCAUCGCUCCUAUUUUAUUUCCUUCAAGGCAAGAGCAAGAAUCAUGAACAAAAUCCUUAAAGCUCUGUUCGUCUUUGGACUUAUAACUACAACGUAUAUCAAUGCUUCGGUGAAAUUUAUACAUCACAAUUAUGAAGAAAUGACAAAAGUCUUGAAAAACUAUUCCAAAUCUUGUGCGAACAUCUCAAGACUUCACAGCAUAGGAAGAUCGGUAGAAGGUCGGGAACUUUGGGUUUUUGAAAUUUCUGAUAAUCCUGGAAAACACGAGUUGACAGAACCAGAAUUCAAAUACGUUGGUAACAUGCAUGGUAACGAGGUUGUUGGUAGAGAAUUAUUACUACAUCUCAUUGCAUUGUUAUGUGAUAAUUACGGAAUAGAUCCAAUGUUAACCAAGCUAGUUAAUAGUACACGAAUGCAUAUACUGCCAUCCAUGAAUCCGGAUGGUUAUGAAAUGUCUUACGAAGGUGAUUGCACGGGUAUCACUGGUAGAAGAAAUGCAGAUAAUAUUGAUUUAAACAGAAACUUCCCAGAUCGCUACCGAAAGACGAAGGACCCACCGGAAACUGAGACAAAGUUACUCAUGAAAUGGAUUCGAUCCAAUCCAUUCGUACUAUCAGCGAACCUUCACGGAGGAUCAGUGGUAGCUAAUUAUCCUCUUGAUGACUAUCCUCCUUAUUCACGUGACAGUAGCACACCUGAUAAUGACGUCUUUAAAGAAAUUGCGUUGACUUACUCCAUGAACCACGCCACAAUGCAUCUCGGGCGUCCCUGCGCUGGUUACCCGGAUGAAAAGUUUAAGCUUGGUAUCACGAAUGGCGCACAAUGGUAUAGUGUUGAAGGAGGAAUGCAGGACUACAACUACUUUAACAGUAACUGUUUUGAAAUCACGCUGGAGUUGAGUUGCUGUAAGUUCCCAUACGCCAGAGAGCUCGAAAAAUACUGGAUGGACAACAAGAAAGCUUUACUAGCGUUAAUAAAUAAGGUACAUUCGGGAAUAUAUGGUACAGUAAGGGACCUCAACGGUAAUCUGAUUAAAGGCGCAUUAAUAGAAGUCAAAGACGGACGUAAGAUAAUAAAAGUAACUGACCACGGUGAUUACUGGCGUUUGUUAAAUCCAGGAACUUACAAGGUUGAAGCGUCGCUCCCUGGGGGUCGUGGGAAAGUUUCAAAAAGCGUUAAGGUCGGUGCAAAGUCUUCUAGCAGAGUGGAUUUUGUACUCGAGUUACAGAGGGUGACAAAAUAUACAGUACUCGGACAGAAUCAAUUUCAUAAAUCAACAUCGCAACCAUCAGUUGUCGCCAUUGUAUUUUUAUCUGUAGCAGGAGUGUUACUGGUUGUUAUUGUGAUUAUGGUGUUGUACUAUCAUAAGUCACGUCACAACUAUAACUACUCAAAAAUGGAUUUUCCUGAAUCGUGUGGACUGAACACUCAUCUUUCUUCUAACAUAACUAAAAUAGAUCUGACAGAGAGAAACGAUACAUGGUCAACAAGGGAUCUGACAUAUGGAGACAACGAGUUCUGUGGUCCAAAGCCAACACUUAUAUCCAUAGAUCAUCCCUCGUAUCGCCAUAUUCCUUAUUAUGUGACACUGUACAGAUGUGGUGGCUCCGUUAAUUACCAAUCUCCUAGCUUCAAGAUCUGUGCAGCUAGUAAAAUCUGUGACGUUAGCAUUCAGCUGCGGAACCUGGACACAGACCAACGUAAAACUAUCGUUGAAAAAAACCAUACUUCAUGUGCACCUCAGUGCGCAAACAAUAAAAGCAUGUGCAAUCUGGUUUUGGAAGAAUGGAAUUCGAGGGAAUGCACGUGCGAUUGCAAGUUUCCGAAUGGUCCGCCCGAACCAUGUCCAACUCGAUUUAAAUGGAGCCCUUCCACUUGCAAAUGUCAAUGCAAUAAUGAAGAGAGUCAGGCAUUUCGAUGCAGCGAAGAAGGAAAGUCGUGGAGUGCUGAAAAUGUGCUUGCGAAUGCUCACCACGCACCAUUCAAAGAUGUUUACGGACAGGUAGAGAGAUUGAUGAAACUACAUGUCGCUGUAAAGCAAGAAAUCCUGUGUCUGGUUUCCAAAAAGCACGAGGUAAAGAGAAAGGAAUCUCAAAGAUUGUAUUUGUCUUGGCAUUACUUGGGAAUUGUUGUUGCUAGUUUUAUAUUCGUUUGUCUAUUAUGGAAAUUUGAUUUUUUGUCUCAAAUACGAAAUUCCAUUUGUAAAUCAGAUAAAAGAGGCGAAUACACCGUCGACACGUUGCCGAAAGGCGUACAAGCAGAGGACCGUGCAAGAGCAAGAAUCAUGAACAAAAUCCUUAAAGCUCUGUUCGUCUUUGGACUUAUAACUACAACGUAUAUCAAUGCUUCGGUGAAAUUUAUACAUCACAAUUAUGAAGAAAUGACAAAAGUCUUGAAAAACUAUUCCAAAUCUUGUGCGAACAUCUCAAGACUUCACAGCAUAGGAAGAUCGGUAGAAGGUCGGGAACUUUGGGUUUUUGAAAUUUCUGAUAAUCCUGGAAAACACGAGUUGACAGAACCAGAAUUCAAAUACGUUGGUAACAUGCAUGGUAACGAGGUUGUUGGUAGAGAAUUAUUACUACAUCUCAUUGCAUUGUUAUGUGAUAAUUACGGAAUAGAUCCAAUGUUAACCAAGCUAGUUAAUAGUACACGAAUGCAUAUACUGCCAUCCAUGAAUCCGGAUGGUUAUGAAAUGUCUUACGAAGGUGAUUGCACGGGUAUCACUGGUAGAAGAAAUGCAGAUAAUAUUGAUUUAAACAGAAACUUCCCAGAUCACUACCGAAAGACGAAGGACCCACCGGAAACUGAGACAAAGUUACUCAUGAAAUGGAUUCGAUCCAAUCCAUUCGUACUAUCAGCGAACCUUCACGGAGGAUCAGUGGUAGCUAAUUAUCCUCUUGAUGACUAUCCUCUUAAGUCACAUGACAGUAGCACACCUGAUAAUGAUGUCUUUAAGGAAAUUGCGUUGACUUACUCCAUGAACCACGCCACAAUGCAUUUCGGGCGGCCUUGCGCUGGUUACCCGGAUGAAAAAUUUAAGCUUGGUAUCACGAAUGGCGCACAAUGGUACAGUGUUGAAGGAGGAAUGCAGGACUACAACUACUUUAACAGUAACUGUUUUGAAAUCACGCUGGAGUUGAGUUGUUGUAAGUUCCCAUACGCCAGAGAGCUCGAAAAAUACUGGAUGGACAACAAGAAAGCUUUACUAGCGUUAAUAAAUAAGGUACAUUCGGGAAUAUAUGGUACAGUAAGGGACCUCAACGGUAAUCUGAUUAAAGGCGCAUUAAUAGAAGUCAAAGACGGACGUAAGAUAAUAAAAGUAACUGACCACGGUGAUUACUGGCGUUUGUUAAAUCCAGGAACUUACAAGGUUGAAGCGUCGCUCCCUGGGGGUCGUGGGAAAGUUUCAAAAAGCGUUAAGGUCGGUGCGAAGUAUGCUAGCAGAGUGGAUUUUGUACUCGAGUUACAGAGGGUGACAAAAUAUACAGUACUCGGACAGAAUCAAUUUCAUAAAUCAACAUCGCAACCAUCAGUUGUCGCCAUUGUAUUGUUAUCUGUAGCAGGAGUGUUACUGGUUGUUAUUGUGAUUAUGGUGUUGUACUAUCAUAAGUCACGUCACAACUAUAACUACUCAAAAAUGGAAUUUUCCUGAAUCGUGUGGACUGAACACUCAUCUUUCUUCUAACAUAACUAAAAUAGAUCUGACAGAGAGAAACGAUACAUGAUAUUUUUCAAAUGAAAAAUAUGAUGUAUCGUGAGAGUUGUAUAAUGUAAACAGUUAGAUGUAAUAAAGUUAUUGUAUUCAUGAAUGUAAAAAAAA